AUGACGGCCGCAGUAUCCCGCAAUGUCACAUCUUCGCUUCCGGGAACGCAGGCCUCCGCUCCUGUGCUCUCUUUCACAUGCCUGUACACCCGCGACUCGCACAAGAAGGCCAAGAAAUGGCACGAUGGCAUCGUCAAGUAUCACACCUUCAACAAGCGGGUCAUGGUGUACGAAGACUCUCACUCUGGGACAUUCGUGGGCGACGUUCAUUGGAGGGGCGAGGAAGACAUCCAGGAAGGAGAGGAGCUGAGACUGGAGAGAGGAGGAGUGGUAGUGGAAGUUGGCGAGUCAAAAGGCAGAGAGGAAGCCGACCUGUCGCAGCUGCGGCAGGGAAAGAAGAAGGCCGAUGGACCAGGACAAGACGGGGCGAGAGCUACGCCUGGUGCGACUGGGCAAAGCAGGGUCACCACACAGAGCGGGACGAGAGCGCCGCUGGGAGGGAAACACAGGUCAUUGAACGCGCUGCUAGGGACACCGAAAGGAAGGUUGGGCAAGGCUACACUACCGACGAAAUCUCCGUUCGAGGAGAGACACGCUGUCGAAAACGAGGAAUGGGAAGAUGACAGACCGACCAAACGAGCGCGUACAACAGGAUCGGCGCCUGACUGGAGCGUAACGAGAACCAGCACAGCGUCAGCAGCUGGAAGGAAAGAUGAGACGCCGUUGUGGGCAAGGACUGCGGACUCGGCCAAGACAGAGAAGCGAAGGAAGAAACACGACGCUCUGCCACCAGGGCAGCAGAAGCUAGGACAGAAGGUCGUCAUCGAUCUUGAAGACGACGUGAAUUCGUCCAACAAUUUCCUCCCGGGCCUGUCGGACGGACUGCUUGCGCCAUCUUCGCCUGUCAGGCAGGGCACGGCCAUUGCGAGUGGAAGAGGUCAUCGCUCCAGCUCCCCAGUACCGCACGCUCGAAACACUGCAGCAGCGCAGCGCAAGCAAGAUGAAAAUGCGGAGCGGAUGGCAAAGAGUCGUGAUGCAGAGAAUAGGCCUCUGUCUGCGAGAGAAACUCCUCGCACAGUAGCACGACCACAUGCAGCCGAUGACGGCAGGCCUAGACAGAUGCCCUCCUCAAAGCUAUCAAGAACCGCAUCUCUUUCGACUGGACAGACUUUACGCUUUGCUGCAAGUGCACCCAAAAAGCGGACACUGCUUUGCCAGGACCAGUUGACGAACAAACCCAAGCGGAUCUCGUCCACAAACACCGACGAUGCGGCGGACAGUCUUCUCGGAAGCAUGGAAAUUGACGAUGAAUCACAGCGACCCAAGACCGCGGAUGAGAGGCUUGCAGCACGAUUGAAAAGGAUAGAGCAGAAGAAGGUCAGCACCAGUACGUCGAAAUUACAGGCGGCUGCCGUUGCUGCGGCCAAGGAGCCAGAGCCUAUGGUGAUAGUCGACGAUGACGAUGAUGAUGAUGAGAGCAGUGACACAAUAGUAGGCGAAGCUCCACAACGGAAUAUGACAACGCUUGAGGCUUCUGCAAUCGAGCUUGCCCGGUUGGAUCAGAUGAUGCUACCGCCACCGGCUCCGCGAGCUCCGGCACCUGCUCGUGCAGCGACUCUAGAGCAUCUAGAGAGUGCGUCGACAAGGCCUCCUUCGCGUGCGGCUCCCAAGUCUCCCGGAGAAGAAGUUGCUUCUCGUACGUUUCCAAAGCCAGUAACGAAGCGUUCUACACCACCGCCUGCGAGAGAGAAAGGACCAUUGCCAAGGGUGGUGUCAGAGUCGAACCAGCCGCGACCACCCACUAGAAGGACUCCAGGUGCCCCUGUUCGCUAUACGCCAACGCCAUCUCCUACCAAGCGUUCCCGAGAGUCUACGCCGUCCGCGCCGAUUGGGGAAACAGCGACGAAACCCCCGGGCGAUCCUAUACCGCCACAUCUCGCGCCCCUUGCUAAAGCUGCUCCUGCCACCAAAGCUUUGGCUGCGAAGCCACCGCCUCAGCCUGCACAAGUGCCGGAGAAGAGCAAGGCUAUAUCCGCACCUGCACCGGAGCGUUCAGCACCCUUUCGCAACAACAAGUCCAAAAAGCCGCUUCAGAAAUCUGUCAGCUUGAACAUAGCUUCGACGGGAACUUCGACAGUGAUACUCAAUCGACCCUUCCAACGGCCUGGCAAACCUGCUUCUCCUAAAGAGCCCGAGAAGGAGGAAGACAAGGAUCUUGGCCCGUGGAGUCGUGAAGCGUUCGAUCUCUUCGCGGAGAAAUGGAGACCGCCGGGUUGGAAUGAAGAGAAGUGGUGCCUGCAAGACAAACAGCACGAUGAGAAUACGGCAGUAACGAGCUAA